GGGGAUAGGAUGAUGCCUCCGAUUCUGGUGUGUUUCUGUGCCGUCGUUGCCAGUCUUGGUAAAACCAUGUUCCUUUCAUUCAAUUUGGGAUUUCAACAGAGUUGUGGCAUGGUUAUGCCUUGACGAGGCAAAACUAUCUAAUAUCAUUAUGAAGGUUCCGAAAGCCGUUAGCGGCACCUGUCAACAUCUACUUUUUGUAAGGGCUUUAGCAUGGGAGAUAUGUUAUUUUCAGGACUAUUCCACAUUUUAUUCAUGUGCUGUCGAUAUGAAGAGCUGGUGACUUGCUUGUCAAGUACUGUCAGCUUUCCAGUUUGUCUUUCGGGUUACGCUGAGGCUUCGGCCUUCGGAGUAGAACGUGAAGGAAAUGAAGCAUGGGUGUAGAGGGAUUGAAUUCUCAGAGUCAGGCCCAAGUUUAUAUUAUGAGGAUUAACUCGUUCUCAUAGGUCACUUUUACAUUACAUUGUGAGUGCUGGAGUUUGUAAGAAGCCUCUCUCUCUCUCUCUCUCUUUUUUGGGAUAAUGGUGAUUGUAUUUUAUUUAACCUACGAUCCACGCUUCUCAGUGAAAAAUGAAAACCCAAAAAUGACUUCACUCCGAACGUCCCAACUACCGCCGUAUGAAUGACAAAUUGGGAAUAACCAAUCAAACCGUUGCGCGCCACUAUCUAUCUAUAUCUAGCCCGGUGAGAGGCUCGGGUGGGAAAUUAGCCGCGAGUAUGGACUAUGGAGCCACCUGGAGGAUCACAUGCUCUCUUAUCUCUUCCAUCUCUGAUUUCAAGUAGGCCGGGUGAACUUUCUCGGGUACAAGACUUGGCUCAAUGCUAAAAUUUCAAACGUGAGAAAGUCAUCUCUCUCUGCUUUUGGGAAUGGAUUGUAUGUAAUUUAAUGGAGAAAUCUCUCCAACUAGAUUGUUUGGUGUAGGUUUAUUGAUCUACAUGAUGUCUUAACGACCUACGUGGUGUGCCUGGGUGCCCGCGGAUAUUUAUGUCCGAUGCAUGGACACCAACAUUGAAAUUAUGCUAAAGAUCUUACAAUGGAGAUUCUUUCGAAUCUAGCUCGCGAAGCUGCUGAUUUUUUAAAGAAGAAAAAAGUUAACAACUCGGCGUUGUUUUGUUGGCUGAACGAAAAGGAGAGUAUUGAGGCUUUCAAUGUAUUGGAGAUAGAAUUUAUUGUUGAUGCUUGGCGGAGCAGACAGUGCACGAUAUGUGCUCGCAAAGUGUCUUAAAUCCGCUGAUGUCGCCUAUUUAUUACGCCAAUCGUCCACCAUUCUCUACUCUAACGCCCAUGCAGCCAAUAUGUUCCAAGCAUCACGAACCGUUUUGUUUUGGCCACGUGGUGACAUCCUCCCGACUAAACGCAUCACCUGCCAUCCAUGGUGUUCCUUUACAUCACAUCCUCUAUUCUGAAGACACUUUUGGACAGAUGCUGUUAUAUAUCAUGAUAUAGUGAUAACUGAUACAAGAUAUGGCCAUUAGUAAGAGACGGCCUUCGGCCAGAGCUCGGAGCCUCAUAAAACCCGCUUUUUUCGUUUUACUCUUAUCUCCACUGCAAGUUUAUAAACAGUAAGAGACGACUCCUUCCACAUUGAGUCUGUCAGUGUGCGUGUGUGAGAGUCUGGAGCAGAGAAAUGAAGAAAAUUUCAUUAGCUCUUCUCCUGGCCAUUUUAAUCCACCAGAGCUCUGUCUAUGUGCUUGCGGAUGCAGGGGAUGGCUUCGUCAGAACCAGAGGCACCCAUUUUCUGUUGAAUGGAUACUCCUUCUACGCAAAUGGCUUCAAUGCGUACUGGCUAAUGUAUGUAGCUUCAGACCCGUCCCAAAGGUUCAAAAUCUCUGCUGCUUUCCGUGAAGCCACUAGCCACGGCCUCACUAUUGCGAGAACUUGGGCGUUCAGUGAUGGUGGUUACAGACCCUUGCAGUAUUCGCCUGGUUUCUAUAAUGAGCAAAUGUUCAAGGGGCUAGAUUUCGUUAUAGCUGAGGCUAGGAAGCACGGGAUCAAGCUUAUAUUGAGCUUCGUGAACAACUAUGAGAGCUUUGGGGGGAAGAAGCAGUAUGUGAACUGGGCUAGAAGUAAAGGGCAGUACCUAACUUCAGAUGAUGAUUUCUUCAGGAGCCCUGUUGUUAAGGGUUACUACAAAAACCAUGUCAAGACUGUUAUUGGCAGAUUUAAUAGCUUUACGGGAAUUCAUUACAAAGACGACCCAACAAUCAUGGCGUGGGAGCUGAUGAAUGAGCCCAGAUGCACGUCAGAUCGUUCCGGAAGGACUAUCCAGGCAUGGAUAGCGGAAAUGGCUUCCUUUGUGAAGUCCAUGGACAGAAAUCACUUAUUGGAAGCUGGGUUAGAAGGAUUCUAUGGACAGUCAACACCUCAGAGAAAGAGAUUGAAUCCAGGUUUUGAUAUAGGGACGGAUUUCAUUGCAAAUAAUCGGAUCCCUGGCAUUGAUUUUGCAACAGUUCACUGUUAUCCUGACCAAUGGUUAUCCACCACCAAUGAUCAAUAUCAACUUUCAUUCUUGAAUAAUUGGCUCGGUGCACACUUCUUAGAUGCCCAGUACGGUCUCCGGAAGCCAAUACUUGUAGCAGAAUUUGGGAAGUCAUGGAAAGAUGCAGGUUACAGCACAUACAAGAGAGAUCAGAUUUUUAAUAGCGUGUACUACAAGAUAUACGCUUCUGCAAAACGGGGAGGGCCAGCAGGGGGAGCCAUGUUCUGGCAGCUUCUUACUGAAGGUAUGGAGUCUUUUCAAGACGGGUAUGGUAUAAUGCUAGGCCAGAGUACUUCCACAGCAAAUGUUAUUGCUCAGCAAUCUCACAGGUUACACCAACUUCGGAAGAUUUUUGCAAGAAUGAGGAACAUGCACAGAUGGAAGAGGGCAAGAGCAAGACGAGGAGUUCCUCCAUAUGGAGGUGGGAACAGAGGAAGGCAUAUUGGGAACUGAAGUAGCCUGAUUGAACCACGUAAACUUCAUGUUAUUUGUACUAGAGAAAUAUUAGUUUUAAGGUCUCGUAAACUAGUUUCUCUCUUAGAGAUGAGUGUCGUUUUCCAUCCAGGAGGGCAUACAUUACUCUGUUCCGUUUAAGGCAGCAUUUACCAUUUGUUUGACAACAUUGAGACUUAAUCAGCCCAACUUUGCCUUCAUUCAGAUUCAGCAUCCAUCAUACCUUUCUGCCUUUCGGACGGUGAUAAAUAAAGUUCGAGCUCUAAGUC